AAGUAAAUCUUUAGUACAAAUGUAUGUAUUCCCACAAAAUUUUGUUUGCGAUAAGUAUCGAUAUCUUUAGUAAAUAACUGGUAUCAUUACUUAUUCAUUAGGAAAUCCAUUUCCGGACGGCUAGAAUGCAGGCUAGGCAUUCGGUUACUGGACGGCUAGACACUUCCUUUGAGGAAACAAUCGUGGCUACAUCUACAUCUACUGCCCAACAAUCAAUUCUGAUUAUAACUGGGAGGCGCUAGUCUGGGACAGACUGUUAAAAGAUGAGCAAGCUCAUUAGAUUUGAGAGCUACAGUCUAUAGGAAUACAACAAUUAUGUAUCAGCAGAGGAAGUCAAGUGGUUACAGACCUGGUAAUGUGCCAUAUAUGAGCAAUGCUGUGCAGAACUUUCCAGCACCUGCCGUACCUCAGUCCGGGUACCAGACGGUUCCCGUAAUGCAUCAACAGGCUUAUGGUUACGUCCAAGUUCCUCAGUGGAAUCAUCAGCCAAGCAUGAAUUUUCCAGCAAGGAACAACGUGAUUUACAACAGCAACAACAAUGGCAAUGCAUUAGUAAACAGUCGAGGAUCAAACAAGAGAUCAUAUGGUCGGUCAAAUACAGAGCAAUACGAUGAUUAUGAACCAAACCGGAAGAAAAGAAAACCAGAACAAGAGACAAUACCAGCAGCAGUAAAGGAUAAUAUAAAUGAUAAGGUAACAGAAGGUAUAUGGCAAUAUUUCGAAGCAUACAGACAAUCAGAUGACAUAUACCGAGCCAAAGUAGACUUACGCGAUGCCCUCUACGUCAUUUUCAAGGAUGUGUUCCCAUACAGCGGUCUAUAUAUAGUAGGAUCAUCUAUGAGUGGUUUUGCAACACGGAGCAGUGAUAUGGACCUCUGUUUGAUGUUGAGCCAGCAACCGAUUGAUGGUAAGAGAGAGGCAGUAGAGAUUUUGAUGGCUAUACAGAAAUGUCUCCGUCGCUGCAGGUUUGUGAGAAGGUCUCAGGUGAUCAGAGCUAGAGUUCCUAUUCUCAAAUUUGAAGAUUAUGAUAAUGGUGUGGAGUGUGACUUGAACAUUAAUAACUCAGUAGGGAUACGCAACACACAUCUUCUACGAUACUAUGCUGCAAUGGACUGGAGGGUGCGGCCGUUGGUUCUGUUUACAAAGAGAUGGGCAAGAUUCCAUGAUAUCAAUGAUGCUUCAAAGAAAACUAUAUCCAGCUACUCUCUGUGUCUUAUGGUGCUACACUACCUUCAAUAUGGCUGCAAUCCACCAGUUUUAGAAUCUAUACAGAAACUAUACCCAGAUUUAUUUGACUAUGGUGAUGAUAUCAGAAACUUGAAGAUGAAUGUGAAGAUACAGUUCAAGAGCAAAAACUCACAAAGCCUUGGUGAUCUCUUCCUUGGCAUGCUCAAAUAUUAUACUACAGAAUUCAGUUUUGAUGAGGAUGUGAUAAGUGUACGACAAGGAACUAAACUGCCCCUGCAUCUUGUACAGUCGUGGACAUCACCUGCAGAUAAAAACAUGUGGAAAUGUCUCAAAAUUGAAGAACCAUUUGAUAGGAGCAACACAGCCAGAUCUUGCUAUGAUGAGAGAACCUUUGCCAGAGUGAUGCAUGUAUUUUCCAGGAGUUACCGGCAGCUGGCUCGAACACACAACCUUGAUUCUAUUCUGUCUCAACCUUUCUGAUGUUAAAUAGAAUCAGAGUAUUCUUAACAAAAGUUGAAGCAUGCCACGGACAGUUGUGCUGUAGUUCAGGGGAGGGAACUUGUGUACAGAGGUGUUACUAAUUAUAGUGGGAUUAUUUGUGGGAUAACAUGCCUUCUGCUUCAUUUUGAAGUAAAUUUCAAACUACAAAACAUUGUGGGACUUUGACAAGCCACAAUGGAGGGGAAGGCACUAGUAUACAAAGGUGUUAGUGAGGGAAUUAAUUAGAUGAGGAACAAACAUUACAUUCCUAUCUUGAAAUGUGUAACGGGUAAAAGUGCAAUUUGGUUCUAUUUUGAAAUAGAUAAUUGAUGAUUAUGCAAACAAGUAAUGUCUUGAAAUAGGUUUGUAGCGAUUAUGCCAUUUUGUUUAAAAUGGGGAAUCAGAAUGGAUUAUUUUAUGUAAACAAAAAGUUCUGUCAAGAGUAUGCGAGUGUUUUCUGAAGAUUACAGCAUGUAAAUGCAACAUGAAUUUGAAAAAUAACUUUGAUGCCUGUUGUGUUUAUAGGCGGUAAAUCUCAGUAAAACAACAUUUUUCACUUUUCAAGUAAUCUGUUAGAGAUAUUUCUAAAAACAGACGAGAGCCAUAUUUGAAACCAAAAAAUUGAUGUAUUUUGAACAGUACAAGAAUAAGCAGAGUAGAUUCAAGGAAAGGAAUUGCUUUAGUAAACUAAAUAUCAUGUAUUGGCACUUUUUUUACAAGUACCUGUCCUACUUUGUGUACACAAAUACUUUGGAAAGUAAUUGGUGCUUAAUUUAUUUCAAUAUAUAUAUAUCUUAAGCUGGACUAAAAACGAUGCUAAAUGUUGGCAUUUACUUAAAAAUGUUUACAUUCACAAUAUGUUUUAUAUAGAAAGAAAAAAAGGGUGUUUUUUUGUAUUAACCAUAAUGACAUUGAUGUAAUAAAAUGAAGGGUGGCCCUUUCCAUGAUAUAAUCUGCUAUCUGACAUUUAAAGAAGAAAAAACCUUAAAAAAUGACAUCCUUUCGAAAAAAUCACACCAAAACUUCUAAAAUAACUUUAAAUUGUAGCUAUAGCAAUUUUUUGUGAUGGUGAAAAUAAAAUUGAAUUGGCUUGAAUAUUAGGAUUUUCCUAGAUUUAAGAAUAUUUUAAGUAAAAGAACAAGAACUGUCUUUUUAUCAGAAUGCAGAUUACAGUUAAAGAUUGGUGGGUUUUUCUGAUUGUUCUGUUAAGAUGUUUGAUAUACUGAUACUUAUUUUGAUUUUUCUGAUAUUCGUGAAAAGGGAACUACUUAUUUUUGCAGCAAGCUACUGUUCAAGUGUAAAUAUAAGGAUUGAAUGCUAUUUUUUUUGUGUGCUUAGAUGGGUAUUUAAUGCAAUAGGACGUCUUGCAAAUCACCCAAGAAUGGCUAAUGUGAUUCAUGAAGUUUGCAAGAAGUCCCAGUUCUUAACGCACAAAAAAUAGCAUUGGUAAGCACGUCAUAGUCUUUCAACUACUAUUUACUACUAAAUGCAGGCAGUGUAAAGGCUACAUCCAAAAGUUUAGAAAAUAGCAAAAUAAUUUUAUCACCAGAUUUAUUUGUUUUUCUGUACAGUACAUUAAAUGCCAUUUGUUUUAUUAGACAAUCCAGUUUUACAUAAGUUAUAGUUAUGUUUAUAGUUAAUUAUUUACGAUCAUGUUUUGACUAUAUCUAGUCAAUGUUGAAAGUUACCAGAACAUUUUGAUUACUAGACAUUUGUACAGUUAGUUUUUCUUUUCCAUCAGACUUUAUAAAGCUUAUAUUGAUUUUCAUAUAUAAAACUUACAUUUUUCUGUUCAGUGCAAUAAAGUGCAUUGAUAAAAUCUAAGAAUACUUGUGUUUUUAUGUUCAAUGCUAUAAUAUACAAUAAAAUCUAAGAACAAAU